ACGAACAAAAAUAAUAAAAAAAAACAAAAUUGAGGGCUGAUCCAUUUAUCUAUUGAGGGGUGAAAGAUCUUUGUUGGUGUAUACAGGAAAAAAAAGGCGCGCACGUUUUAACAGUGAAAUGAGUUAGUUGAUGUGAAGUGUACAAGAUCUCUUGUCUGUCUGUCCGAUCGAUCGCUCGAAUCAACGUUCAAAUACAUGUUGUUUGAUGUACAAUGUGCAAGUUCAACGGCUACAAACUCAAGUCGUUUUGCAUUUUGUGUGUCUGUUUUUUUUUUUUUGGUGUAUUGAUUGUGUUCAAUUCGGAUGAAAUUCAUACAAAAUUUACGUUUAUAUGUUUAUCUCAAAUGAAAUUAAUUAAUCAAUUGGAUUCUGCAUUUCAAUAAGGCCUUACAAAAAACUAAAAUCUUUCAAAUUGACAAGAAUCAAAGUUUUUUUUUUGUUUUCGAAAUUCACCAAUUAUAUUGUAUUGGCCUCAUCAUUGUUUUAUGAUGAGCCAAUCAUUAGAGAAUGAUAAUAAUGAUGAUGAUCGUCAAUCGACAUCGCUAUUGAAUGGUAAUAAUUGGCAUUUACGAAAUUAUGACGAUGUUAUUCAUCAUCAACAUCAUGAACAUGACGAUGAUAAUGUGGCUAAAGCGAAUGAUGAUUCUACAAUUGCUACUGCUACACAUUUUAAUAAAGUUCAAUCAUCAUCAACAUUAUGCCGAUCGGUGGACUUUCACCAGACACCAAAUACCAUCGCUUCUAUUUUGCCAAAAAAUGCACAAACGUUGGAUAUGUUCGAUUCCAGUUACGAUGAAUGUAAAGUUGAAAAAGUUCGCCGGAGUGCCCGUAUCAAGCAAUAUUCAACCAGUAGAAAUAUGCGAAAUAUCCAUAAUGAACAAGAUUAUAUCUAUGAUUGGCCCGGUAGUGGAUAUCAUUUCCCUCAUUCUCAUCUUCAUCUAUCAGAUCAAGUGACAAUCAAAACUGGGACAGCCAAUAAAUCUCCAAAUUUUUUAAAAACUCAACAACUUAUAACUAAUCAACAAUCAUCGUCUCCAGAAGUUAUAACAGAAACGAUCAUCUGUAAUGGCUAUCAUCUUGAUGAUCAACCAAACAAGAAAAAAUUACGCAGAAACGAAGAUAUAACAAACGAGUCUUUAGUUGUGAAUUGUACAGAAUGUACAAAGAACAAGCUAGACAAAAGUCGACUAAAAAUGAAAUACAAUGUUGAAAAUGAAAAUGGUUAUGAUAUUGGAAUGGAAAUAGAUAUAAAAACAUCUCUGAGUGUUACCAUGACGGCUUCUGGUAUUUGUUCUGUAACUGGUAUAAAUAUCGACAAAGAUAACAACCAUACAUUGUCGCUUGUACCCACUGUUAUCGGUGGUUGUGAUGAUAAAGAUGGUCAUAUUUGCAAUGGCGAGGAUCAUGGUCCAACGGCAAUCAAGUUAUCAUCGAGUGAUGACUACGAGUUGUCAACGAUGGAUGAACAACUGCCUACCGAAAGUGUCAAAUCGAAAAAUACCUCAGAAACCAAACAUCCGAUUGAAUCGAUUACUUUCAACAUAUCACGACCAUUAUUCAAUUUUAAAACACAUCAUACAUCAAAUCAGAUUAUUUUUAAAGAGCUUAUACGCGAAAUCAAAACUGCCAAGCAAUUGAGUCAACGUGGCCGUAAACGUAAAAAACACCGAAUUACAGGUAAAGUUAACCAGAAACUACGACUAUUGAAUCAAAAAGAAAUCUACAAGUCACCUAAAUCUGUAGAAAACUGUCAUAAAGAUAGCCGUAAAAUUGCUAAACGUCCAGUACGAAUGCAACCUCGUAUGGACGUAUUCAAUGUUGCACAUAAUGUCAAAAACAAUGAUGAUGUUAUUCUUCUCGAAAAUGUUAAUUUCAAAUCUAAUAAACAUCCAAUGGAAAAAGUACAAAUUGAAAAAAAUGAAUCGAAUAAUGAAGAUCGAUUUUUUCGUAAAUUCAUACGAAAAUUAUAUACAAAAAAUACACAGCUACAAUCGGCAUCAAUCAAAACAAAUAACAUAUCCGAUCCGAAUAUUGUCAAUGAUGAGAAUUUAAAUCGAAUUACCACCAAUCAUACACCUGCAGCAUCUGCGAUACAAAAACAUCCGUUGGCCAAAAAAAGUAUCGUUAAACGAUUAAUCAAUCAAACCGUGAACAGUACAACGACGGCUAACAAAUCAGAUGUAGAUGCUGAUGCUAAUAAAAAAUUUGAAUUUGGCAAUAACAAGAUCGAUUUCAAGGAUCAAUUAAUUGGCAAAAAUUUUUUCAUGUAUCAAAGAUUGUUUCAAUUGUACAAACUAUGUGAAUACAACCAUUUGGAUAGACCAUUAUAUCUAACUUCUUCAUUAUCGUAUAUGAAACAUUUUCAAUGUGAAUAUAAUGCCGCUUUUAAGCGACAUGAUCAUAGCAAUAGCAACUUAAAUGGCAAUAUUCAACUGGAUAAUGGUGAUAGCUGCAAUAAUAGUAACGGUAAUAAUGAUAUCGAUAUGGAUCAUAAUCAACAAUCAACACAUAAUCCUAUCAUUCCAGAUAUCAAUGGACAAUCAGCCGAUAAAGAUAAAAACAACAUUGAUGUUAAUGGCAGCAAUGAUGAUCAAGAUGAACGAAUUGUCUCUACCUCAUUGGUAUUGGAUCCAUUGGCGUUGAAUUCAAUCACUGGUUAUGAAUAUGCUACCAUCGAUUUCUUUGUAUUACGCAGACAAGGUCCGAAUACGAUGCUCGAUUCUGAUUUAUUCGAUGAUUCAAAAAUAUACGUGGGUACGUCAUGCGUUCAUUUUGGAUCAAAAUCUUCACGCAUAAUAAACAAUCGUAUCAUCAUACCAAUAAAAUUACUAUUUGAAUUGGAUCAGAUUAAUUCGAAUGAAUUCAUUCAUUCAAGUGAAGACCAUAAGUAUUUUAUAAAUGCAGUUGUUACUUAUUUUCGAUCCCAUUCACAACUUAAAUCACAAUUCAUGGCCAAUUGUAAAAGAUUGAAUGGACAAAAUAAACCGAAUAAUGUCAGGAAUUCAACACAAAACAAAUCCAACAAGAAACCAAUUCUAGACGGUCAUCGCGGUAAAUCAAAAUCUGUAGAUGUAUUAUCAUCCAAGACUAUUGACCAUAAUAAUCUUAAUGACAAAAUGGAAUUUCAUUUUGGCUUCGAAUUGGAAAACAUUGAAGAUAUUCACUAUGCGAAAGAAUUACCAAACUGUCAUGAUAAACAAAUUAUUAAUAAUAAUAAAUAUCGUAAACGGCGAUCACAGUUAAUCAAAGGUGAAGAAACACAUAUGCUAUGUCAAUCAGAAAUGACACUAUCUGGUCACCGACGUCGCAUGAACAUUGUGACCGAAUUGAACAAAUGGCAUCGAAUAACAUCUGAUGAUAUAUUCUAUCGAGACAAUUCUAAAGAUUCAUAUUGUGGCUACUAUGGAUUUGGAGAUUGUAAGUGUAAACUUCGGUCAUCAAGGCGAAAUGGGAAUCAAAAUAAACAACAAAUUGAUGUGAAUUUCAUUACAUUUCGUUUGUUACGUACGAAUCUCAGUAACGAUAACAAUGAUGGAGAUUAUAGUGGCUAUGUGAAAAAAUUAUUCGGUAAUAAUGGUAAUCAACAGGUCAUUUCAUCCAAACAAUUGAUCUCCAUAUUCAAUGGUGGCCAAUUUACCACUUGGAAAAAAUUAGCACAGGCUCGAUCUCAGAAUGAUGAUGACAAAACAAUUGAUUGCCCAGAUUCGCAGCUCAAAAAUCAACGAGUUUUGCGGGCAAAUACACGACGACAAGCAGCAGCAGCGGCUGCUGCAUCUGUAUCGGGACAAAAUCUAAUCAACGGUCAUGUAGCCCCGAGAAAUGCGUCAAAACCAAAGCUAAUCAUACCACGUUUACUUCAUGAGACAGAUUCAUUCAAAAUCAUCUACGAAUUCUCACAGAUUCAAUCGAAUCUGGUUAGUGAAGAUAUAAGCUGUCCAUUGUGUUUACGACAAUUUGUUAUGCUGGCUCAAUUGGGUGUUCAUUUGAAAACAAAUCAUGAACGUUUCAUAUUUAAGAUGAGCAUGGAUCCUAUGAAUAAUUUCAUUUCGAUACAUGUUGGUAUUAAUAAACAAUUUGAUCCAACUUUCGAAACUGAUCCAUUAUUCAAAGCAUUAAAUUUCUGUCCUCAACAACAACGAACACGAAGACAGUGGCUGUCAAGAAUGAGAUGUACAAGACCAGAACGUCGACCGACAACAAAUCAUCAACCAACUACAAUGAUGAUAUCGAUUGGUCGUGAUCAUCGAUCAUUGUGUACAAUGUUCACAUAUAAUGAUGAGAGUAGAUACUAUCAAAUUGAUGUAAAUAGUCGAAUCGGUUCAUAUGAAGCUUUGUCUCAACGACGAGUAUUCUAUCAUUCACGUACAAUGUUGCCAAUAUUGCCUGCCGAAAUGAACGAUGAUAGUGAAACAGAUGAAAUCCAAUGGCGAAUGCGGCAGAAACGUCAUAUGAUGCAAGAUUUUAUCGAUGUAAAUCCUGGUGAAAAAACUGUGAUGGGACUAUGGAAUCAAUUUAUCAUGAAAUACAGAAAUCGUUAUUUUGCCGAUUGUCAUAUGGCGGAUGCAGUGAAAAAUUUCAUGAUAAUCAACACACCGAUGUUAAUUAGAUGUAAUCUGCGUCAUAAUUGCAUUCUUCAUCUGAUCAAUAUGUAUCGUUAUAAAUGCAUCGAUCAGGAUGUUGUCGAAAAUUCGGUUCGAUAUCUGAAUAAAAUGCAAUCAUACUACAAUCGAUGUCAAGAAAUGCUUCAACGUCGUGAACAAUCUUUAGAUCGACUACCGGAUUCGCUGGUCCGACUGAUGCAAUAUUUUCGGGUAGUGGAUGCACCUAUCGAAUAUAUCGAUAUAUCGUUUGAUGAUGAUGAAAAAAAUCGACAAUUAUACGAUAUUUGUAUUGUAGCUAAACUAUUUGAACAAUCGGAAAUUGAUCAGAUAUUCGGUUCGGAUGCUCAUUUAUUCUUAAGAAACAAAUCUAAAACUGAACGAACAAUCCGAAUGGUAAAUAAUCUUGAAGCCAUAGCAUUAAUAGCAUUGUUAUCACUUGGUGACGGUGAUAAUGUACGAAAUACGGUCACAUUGUAUCGUGGAUAUGAUCAAUUGGAAAAACAUUUACAACGAAUUAAACAAUCAUACGAUUCCGAUCGAAUGGCUGAAAAUUAUUUGAAUCAAAAAGUACAAAAUUUUCAUUACGACUGAUGGAUGAUGAACAUAAUUCUCCUAUAUUUA